AUGUUGCUUGGGGGUGACACUGGCGAGAGCACGGAGGGGACACUGCUUGAGUUUACUGUCGGGGACAUUGAUUUGGAUGAACCUACAGCUGUGCUAUCUCAGUUGAACGUGUGGUUGAAUGAUAAAGGUAAAGCUCUGGCACAAGGGGUCCAAUUACGGAAAAGGAAGAGGAUCAUUCCUUUGUGGAAGAUCGUUGAAGGCAGUGAAUUGGUUCCAAAAACUGGGGCACAGAUAACCGGACUGAAGAUGUUAGACCCAAUGAAGGCGAUUCCGCAUGAUGAUCUGGUGAAAUUGCUGAAACUUUGUUGGGAAUGGCGCCAGGACCCAAAUUUGGUGAUGCAAUUUGGCAACGUGGAAGCUGAGAUUGAAUUCUUCGCUUCCCUCGUGAAAGCUGAUGGUUGGCUGAAAGGAGAUCACAUUGAUUUGGGGUUGUAUCUCAUCCGGAAGCGACAACAACAAUUGGAGACAGAUUCGGUAGAAGUAGCGGACUGGACAACGACCGAUGUUUUUUUUAUGAAUCACAUUCGUACUUGCUUUGCGGAUAAUAAAAGAAAAAAACAGCAGCUUGGGUGGAAAAUCAGAAAAAGUUUACUAAACGUUGUAAAUGGGAAGGUUCCUCCGUGUGGGUUGGAUUGGCAGACCGUCUAUAAGGUGUAUACCCCAUUUAUGUUGACGAAGUACAAGCAUUGGGUGGCUGUAAUGAUUGAUCUGGUAUUGUGUGAAAUCAAAGUGUACGAUUCAAAGGUUUCACUAAUUCCAGAUGACAUCGUAAAGGAAGAACUCGGCCUGCUAUCAAUUACGCUUUCAAAUCUUCUCAACACCAUCGACUUUUAUGAAGAAGGUGUUUAUGCAAACAAUUGCAGCCGAGAUUGGUGGUGUCCGUGGCCAAUAGAGCGUGUGGAUGUUCCACAACAGUCUAAUGAAGGCGAUUGUGGCAUGUUUGUGUUAAAGUACAUUGAGCUUUUCAGCGCUAAGCUUCCGUUAGCUACUUGCACCUCGCACAACAUGCCUUUUUUUCGGUUGAAAUUGGCUGCGGAGAUAACAAGGGGAGAUGCUUACUUCCCAUGAUAUUGGUUGAAGAUGACAAAUGGUACAUGAGAAGGUUUUGGGAAUGUCCAUUCUCAAACUAAUGUAAAUACACAAUAGAGACGUACGGGUCCUUAUCGAAUUCUACCGCUAACUCCUUCAUGACAUUUACAUGUUUGUUAACCAAACUGCAUUGAAUUGGAAUUUUAAGACUGCAUAUGUAAAUUGGGAUUUGAAGAUGGCUUUUUAAGUGUAUUACAUCAUUGCAAAGUGAUAUGUCAUUGUUGAUGCAAGCCAUCAUUAAUCGCAAUGUGUUGCAUCAUAAUAGGUGUCUAAACAUGCGAAAGGUUUUCCGCAGCUCAGUAGCAUAAAAGUAGAAACAAAGACAAUAUACACAAAAUGAACAACAAUUCACAAACGCACCGACAAGCAAUACACACACAACAGACAAACAAUAUACACAAACUUGGCCUGCCAUAUACAGAGAAUAGAUAUGCAAUAUACACACAGUAGACAUGCAAUAUACACACAAUAGACAUGCAAUAUACACACAAUACUCC